AUGACCAGUGAUCAGAACAAUGCCUCUCCGACACCCGUACCGCGGCCCAGUCGAGGCCGCUUCCUCAACCGUAGGCUUCGCCGUGCAUCUUGGAUUUCUCCAAUAACCGGAGAACGAUCCAAACGAGUUUUCACGUUGCGUGAAGCAUCACAUCGUCUCAGCGACAGCAAUGACGUCUCUGAGGCCACGCCGCUCUUGGACGGCUGCGCCGAGGGUACAACUCCUCACAACUCGGCAUGGAAGCUGGUUCAGCGAGCUUGCGUCGAGCGAGCUGACACCGCAUACACGUUUGCCACUUCGAAGAACGGCAUUGGCAUCCUGAAGUGUUCCCUGGCUUACCUUGUCGGUUCUUUAGCAACGCUGGUCCCGGCUAUUGCAGCUCUGAUUGGAAGCCGUCAAGACAGCAAGCACAUGGUAUGCACCGUGACAGUAUGGUUCCAUCCCGCGCGCAGCAUUGGAAGUAUGCAUGAAGCCACCAUCCUAGCGAUCAUAGCACUUUGCUAUUCCGGUUUCGUAUCAUUCACAUCUAUGGCUAUAUCCAUGCUGUUUGGGCGGAAUGAUCUGCUGGUUGUGGGCCAUGUCAUUGUGCUCAUGGUUUUUGUCGGGGGCGGCCUCGGCUUCAUUGCGUGGACGAAGCAGCGCAUGGCUCAUCCCUUGGUCAACGUCGCUUGCUCUCUAGCCUCGUUGGGCUGUAUCACGGUAUUGAUCAAGGAAGGCGCGGUUCAAGCAGGUGCCUUCUCUCAUGAGCGAGUGCUACAGAUCCUGCUCAUGGUGUUCGCUGGGGUUGUGAUCGUUUCUGUUAUCAAUGUGAUAUUGCUUCCAACAACUGCUCGCGGCUCCUUGGUCAAGGACAUGGGAACGAACACUGACCUCUUGGGUGAGAUGCUCAUUAGCAUUACCAGAGCGUUUCUACAGGGCCGUAAGAGUGACUUGGAAAAUGAGCAAUACAAGACGUUGGCUCAAGAACACCAGGCGUCUGUGGGUUCAAUGGGCAAGAACCUUUGCGAAGCCAAGCGUGAACUCUGGUUUCUUGGUCGCGAGCGACAGUAUGAUAUCGAGGAUAAGGUCGUGGACUGUCUCACUGGCCUCGCUCAAGAUCUUGGUGGUUUACGAAGCGCUGCCUUUGCGCAGUUUGCAUUCCUUGACGAAGCCCUCGCAGAAGCGUCACCAGGCACGGUGACACCUCAACAGAACGGCACGCCGAAUGGGCACCCUCAGUACCCAAGCAUUUUGGACGUCAUUACCGAAGCCCCAGAAGAGUCGCAGAGCGGAAGGCUCGUUGACUCCCCAGCCGGAACCAUCACGCCCACCACGCCUGACCGACGACAGAGCCUCGAAAGCAAUCCUCCAGCACUUGAUAAGCCUGCAGAUAUGUUCCUUGCAUUCAUUGCACAGCUGGGCCCACCCACGAAGUCGCUCGUCUACACUCUAAAGCAGAUACUGGAUGAGCUACCGUUCCGCCCAGCGGAGAAGACUGGCUUCAUGAACACAUACGCCAACGUGCCGUCGGUCGAAGUGGCGGUGAACGAACGCUUCCACAGUAGUCUGAAGCGGGCCAUUGAGCUGUACAGACAGUCCAGAAAUGAAGCACUGCAGAAGCUAUACGCAAGCCCCAUCGAUAGGCGCCCAGAAGCCAUCCUCGCCGACAUCGAAGAAGUGUCCGCCUGUUGCGGCCACUUUUCCUUCUCACUGCUAGAUUUCGCGGAAGACGUCCUGACGUAUCUGGAUGUGCUUGAGGAGCUUAAAGUCGAGUUGCAACACCCUCGUCGGUCGUGGCGCUGGCUAGUAGCUUGGUGGCCGUGUAAGACUGAGAAAGGGGAUGGAAAGCUUAGUGCGCCCCCCAAGCGCUUUCAAGGUCACAAUGAAGAUCACGACACGUCGCACGACAUACCCACGCACAUACAGCGCGCCGAUGCCUUCGCAGACCUGGAGAAGUCCAAGCAACAAUCCCCUUGGAGGUACCAACUUUAUCGCACCCUUGGCGUCUUCCGCCGUGAUGAUGUCCGCUUCGCGAUCAAGGUCGGACUAGGCGCUCUGUUGUACGCUUUACCAGCCUACGUUGCGAGCACUCGACCGUUCUUUGUACAUUGGCGUGGUGAGUGGGGCCUGGUCUCAUACAUGGCGGUGUGCUCAAUGACAGUCGGUGCAUCGAAUACUACCAGCAUCAACCGUUUGAUCGGUACCUGCAUUGGAGCUCUUCUCGCCAUACUCGCCUGGCUUAUAGCUAGCGACCACGGUGACGCAAAUCCCUGGCUUCUUGGUAUCUUCGGAUGGCUUGUGUCGCUUGGCUGCUUCUACCUGAUCAUUGCUAAGAACAACGGUCCCAUGGGUCGCUUCAUACUCCUCACCUACAAUCUCGGCGCUCUAUACUCGUACAGUUUGUCCAUUCAAGACGAUGACAAUGAUGACGAUGAAGGCGGCAUUGACCCUGCUAUAUGGGACAUCGUAAUGCAUCGCCUUGUUGCUGUCAUCGUCGGCUGCAUAUGGGCUGUCAUUGUCACCCGCUUCAUCUGGCCAAUCUCCGCGCGUCGCAAGCUCAAGGAUGGGCUAUGUGUCCUCUGGCUUCGUAUGGGUCUCGUGUGGAAGCGGGACCCGUUGGCUAUGUUCCUGCUCGGCGAGCCGCGCAGCAGCUAUAUGGAUAUCCGUGAAGAGGCUUUGCUGCAAGCGUUCUUGUCAAACCUCGAAGGUCUGCGUAAAGCUGCAGAGUCCGAGUUCGAGCUGCGCGGACCCUUUCCCGAUAAAAUCAUUGGAACUGUGCUGGAGCAUACUGGUCGUAUGCUGGACUCCUUCCACGCCAUGAAUGUUGUGAUCAGCAAAAACCUGCAGUAUACGCCUGGAGAGGCUGCCGUGCUGCGAUACACACGUCCGGAACGCUUCGAGCUUUCUGCACGUAUCAGUCAUUUGUUUUCUGUGCUAGCGAGUAGCAUGAAACUCGAGUAUCCGCUAAACGACGUCUUACCGUCGAUUGAGCACACCAGAGAUCGGCUGCUUGCGAAGAUCUCAGAGUUCAGGCGGACUGGAGAGGGUAGAGAAGAAGCUACUGAGCAGGACUAUGAGUUGCUUUAUGCCUUUGUACUGGUGACUGGCCAGUUAUCUCAGGACAUUCAAGCUGUGAGCGCCGAACUUGAAACGCUGUACGGAACUUUAAACGAGGACAACUUGAAGCUUCAGUAG